CCGCCCUAAGCUUCCUUCCGGUGGGUAAAAGUGAUACGCGUCAGAGCAACGCUUGAAACUUGUCACUAAGUUCGUUUCCAUCCUCCCCCCACCCUCCUCCUCUUGUACUAUCGCGAGCGACGACGUGAUCGGUGACAUGAUCGGUAGCCACCCUCGUCGAGUUGGUGUGGCUCGAACGCUUUAAAACCAUUCUUUCACCAUUGUUGUGGCUCUCGUGCUGGCAGUCUGGUUGCUCUUCAUCGUACUGUCUCAACCCUCACCCCUUUUGCAGUGUGCAGUGACGAACAUGAGGGAGACAGAGAAAAGGCAAAGAGAGGCGUUUGGUCUGUUGCGAUCGCACUCAUCUUGCGUCCGGCUGGGUUGAUCUGCUCGAAGGGGUAGGAGUGAGUAUAUAAACUACUCGUCAACCCUGAUGUUGGGUUCAUUCGCUGAACUUAGCUUUUCCUCUCCUAACGUUUGGAUGGUAGUGUCUUUUGUUCUUUCUUAGCAACAUUUUAAGCUUUUACUGCAUGCUAAUCACCUAGCCGAUUUCAUAGUCAAAGCUCUGCGUGUGUCUUUGUGUGUGUGUGUGUGUUUCUUAUACAUUAAUAUUUUCGGAGACCUGAAUAGUUUAGUAGCGACUAUUCGUAACGACUGCACGCACCCCUUCACAUCAGCAUCCCCUUCAGUGCAGUUUUUUUUUUUGGGAGCGGAAACGAGUCGAAAGUUGGGGUGUUGGUUUGGUACGAGUCGACUCUAUCUGUCCUAUCCAAUUUCAUCGGCAGCAGUGGUCGGCAGUCCAUGGCCUAUAUAGGAUCGAUCGGCCGAGAGUCGCUAGUUUUCGGCAAUCGAAAUCCAUAAUUGCGUAACGUUCACCAAUCACUAACGAUCGCAACCGGUCUCGUGUGACAAAGCGUGUUAGAAGUUGGUGGCCUCCCGCAAGCGUGCCAUAGAGUGAGAGGAUUCAAAUCAAAACUGAUUUUCAAUCCUUUGCAGACGUCCGUUAGCAGCCAGUGAGUGUGGAACCAUCUGGGGUACCAACAGCGACAGGUGAACAGUGUGAUACAGUUGUACUCAUCCUGACGGGGGGAAAAAAGGUGAUAAAAAGGAAAAGCUAACGACUCCACGUUGCCGCCGAAGUAUUACCCCUUUGGUGGUAAGAAGCGUUGUGUGUGAAAAUUUGCGAAAAAACAAAGAUGAAAACAUUUCACACCCGUGAUUCACAGUGAACGAAAGUGAUACAACUUAUUUACAACCGAGGUUGAUUGACGAAAUCAAAAGUGUGUAUGUGCGCGUGUAGCGAGAGUACGAAAAUUGGUUUACACUAGAUCUGUGGAAGUGAUAACGAAAGGAAGGCAGCCAAUAGUUGCUGCUCAACGAAAGUGAAACAUUAUCCGGUGCACUGAUAUUCUAUCUUCACUAACAGCCAAACGAUGGGUGCCGACUCGCAGACGAAAACGAUCCUGUGCGCCAAAACGCCCGAACUCAUCGAGACGGCAAUUGCCGACCGUAAGCCAGAACAAUCACAGACUGACCCACACAGCCGGGGAACGACGGCUGACAUCCUAGUGGCGGAGCUGUCCCAAUCAGACUCAACACUCUCCGGAGCACAGUUUGAGAAGGCUCUGCAAACCUGCAGCAAUGUGGUGCACGAGGCAGAAGUGGACCGGAAGCUGAAGGAGAUUGGUUCCGCUACACCCAUCCUGCCAUCGGAGAUUGGGACGGAUUUCAACUUUAAGCGGGAAAUCGUCUGGAAAAAUGUGGUAGGAUUUCUGCUGCUACACAUCUGUGGUUGGGUGGGGCUACAUCUGGCAUUCUGGCGAUACUGCGACUAUCGUACGACGCUUUACACGCUAUGGCUCAUGUACGCCUCUGGACAGGGUGUAACGAUGGGUGCCCAUCGACUCUGGUCUCACCGGGCGUUCAAGGCGAAGCUCUGGCUGAGGAUCAUCCUGCUGUGGAUGCAUACGCUGGCCGGACAGAACUGCCUGUACGUGUGGGUUCGUGACCACCGACAGCACCACAAGUUCUCGGACACGGACGCCGACCCGCACAACGCUAAUCGUGGUUUCUUUUUCUCGCACAUUGGAUGGCUGCUCUCCCGAAAGCACCCGAAGGUGAUUGAAUACGGCAAGAAGAUCGACAUGUCCGAUCUAGAGGCAGAUCCGCUGAUUAUGUUCCAAAAGGAUCAUUAUAAACUCCUCUACACAAUUUUUGCUCUGUUUGGUCCUACGGCUAUUCCGGUCUACUUCUGGGGAGAAAACCCCUGGUACGCUCUGUUCGUAGCGUUCUUCUUCCGUACGGUACUCAGCCUCAACGGGACCUGGUCGGUGAACAGUGCGGCACAUAUGUUUGGGACGCGUCCUUACGACAAAACCAUGUGGCCAGUGGAGAACAUGUUUGUGUCGUUCGUGGCCGUCGGUGAAGGUUGGCACAACUAUCAUCAUGCCUUCCCGUGGGAUUACCGAGCAUCGGAGUACGGUACGCCGCUCAAUUUAACCGGCACGCUAAUCGAUCUUUUGGCAAAGUUUGGUGCAGUGUACGAUCGCAAAACGGCUACCCCGAACAUGGUUAAAAACCGUGUCAUGCGUACCGGUGACAAAUCGCAUCAUACCUACGGUACAGAUGAGGGCCGCAGUGCGUUUACCACGUUGUGGAACAUCUGGAAGCAUCCGUCCAACCCAAGCUACAACUCGAUCCACACACCGAAGCCGAAGAUAUUGCAAUCCGACGGUUACGCGCUCAUUCCGGACGAGUUGAAGCAAUCCGAAAGGGAUGAGGAAAUUCUGUCGAAGGAAAACGAAGAGCUGAUGAGACGCCAGCAGGAAGAAGAGAACCGCACGACGGAAGCGAACCAAAUCUACAACAAGCUGUCGAAAUACAUCAAGGAACAACAGCAAUCGGUGCCGGAAUCGGUGGACGAACUGUUACUACAGCAGUCGAACAAUAAUGUCGAUAAAACUGCCACGGUACAAGGGAAGGCGGCACUGAACGUCCUCGACUGUAACGACAAUGCGCUCGUAAAGCGGAAAGUAAUCGUCGGCGGUGCAUCAUCCUCCGCCUCAAGUCACCAUUAGAUUAGACGGCAGGGUGGCUACUACCGUUAGUCAUGAUUUCGUUCGCAUUAGUCGCCCGAAAACGAGCAUGCAUCGGUUCGAUCUCUACACGCAAUGCAGCACUCGCUACAUCCAGCAACGAUCCUGACGCGUGACGUCUGGGAUCACUCUACCGGUACGAACCGAUCCUGCUCGCUGGGCCCACAACUAUUUUUAAACACAACAAACGCAUUCGCGGGAUUGGCUGUCCAAGCUAAGCUGUCUUUGAGAUAUGCUCAAUGAAAAUACCAAAUGUACAGUGGAUGCUUUCGAUCAAUUUGCUACUUAAUUUUGCGCUCACGAUCAAAAUGGGCAACAACGAAACAAAGGGCCUGGAAGACAGUGAAGCCAGUUCCGAUCCUGCUAUACACAUAAAGAACGUUGGAAUGGUUUGAUGUUUUUUACUUGCUCACCGUAGGUCUACCAUCGAAUGCGUUCGUCCAAUAUUUUACCCAGGAAAAUAAACAGAAGUAGGUUUGGGUUCUGUUUUGAUGUCUGUUAGAGUCUGUUGGAACCUUCGUACCCAGGAAGAAUAUUAACAGCAAGAUAGGUGACGCUGUGCAUCCUUUCCCAAGAUUAUUACGUUAAUGACCUUUUUUAUAUUAAUGCUUUUACCCUACCUUUACCGUAAGCUAAGUAAGCCAGCUAAGAAGAACGGAUACACGGCCGGAUGUUAAGCCGUAAAGUUCUUCACCUGUACAGAGAAGAUGUGUCUCGUGUACGGAUGUUUGUGGGGAUUCUAUUCUUUCUUUUUGGGGUAGGGAUCACAAAACAAGAAACAAGAAUAAUAAUUAAAAAAAAAAACAAAUAAAAACAUAUUGAAACCAACUGAAA